AUGGCGGCGGGCGGCGCGGCGGGGCUGGCGGCGCUGCUGGGCGGCGCCUCCCCGCGCCUCCUCAUCGUCUCGGCGGCCGAGGAGCCCCCGGGCGGCGGCCGCCCCGACGCCGACCUCCUGCUCUUCGCCACGCCGCAGCCCGCCCGCCCGGGCGCCGCACCGCGCCGGCCCGCGCUGGGCCGCCCGCCGGUGAAGAGGAAGCUGAACUUGGAGACGGAUCAUCAGUACAUAGCAGAGAGCCUGCCGACAGCCCGGGGCAAAGCGAGAAACCCUGCUAAAGGGGCAAAGUCUCCUGGGGAGAAGUCUCGUUACGAAACCUCGCUGAACCUCACCACCAAGCGCUUUCUGGAGCUCCUAAGCCAGUCACCUGAUGGUGUGGUGGACCUCAACUGGGCAGCCGAGGUCCUGAAGGUGCAGAAGAGGCGCAUCUACGACAUCACCAAUGUCCUGGAGGGCAUCCAGCUCAUCACCAAGAAGUCCAAGAACAACAUCCAGUGGCUGGGCAGCCAGGCCACUGUGGGACCCUCCAGCCAGCACCGGGUGCUGGAGAAAGAGCUACGGGACCUGCAGGCAGCUGAGAGGCAGCUGGAUGACCUCAUCCAGAUGUGCACCGUCCAGCUGAGGCUGCUCACGGAGGAUCCUGGGAAUCAGCAUGCAGCCUAUGUGACCUGCCAGGACCUCCGGAGCAUUGCGGACCCCUCCGAGCAAAUGGUGAUGGUUAUCAAGGCCCCUCCAGAGACCCAGCUGCAGGUUUCGGACCCUACAGAGGCUUUCCAGGUGUCCGUGAAAAGCACUCAAGGCCCCAUUGACGUGUUCCUCUGCCCCGAAGACAGCUCUGGGGUCUGCAGCCCUGUCAAGAGCCCGUUCAAAGCAGCCGCGGAGGAAUCGUCCCCCAGCUCUUCGCAGCCCAGAGCCUCCCCACUCCUGCAUCCUGCCCAGGACGUGAACAUGCCACUGCUGCCUGGCGAGCAAGAGCCCCUGCUGCCCGGCAAGUGCCCCGCGGACGAGGUGAGCCUCUCGCCGCUGGCCUCCAUGGAUGCUCUCUUGGAGCAGAGCAAGGACGACUUCUCCGGCUUCCUCCCGGACGAGUUCAUCAACCUGUCCCCUCCGCAGCCCCAGGAUUACCACUUCGGCCUGGAGGAGGGCGAGGGCAUCAGCGAACUGUUCGACUGUGACUUCGGGGACUUGGCGCCCUUGGACUUCUGAGGCGCCGCGGCGGCGAGGACGGGCCGGGGGCCGACGGCCCGAGGCGCCCGAGCGGCGUGCGCCGGGCUGAAGCCGCGGCUGGGUUGGGGGCAGGUUGGGGGCCGCGUUUGCACCCCCGGGGCGGCUCCUUGCGCGCGCCCGGCUGCCGCCCCGGCCCCGCUUGGCUCCGGGGGAACGAUGUUUCCCGCGUCGGCCCCUGGCAUCGGCCCUGCCCGAGGGGCCGGCGAGGGCGGCCGGGCCGGGGCCCCUCGCAGCGCUUUAAGCAGUCCUGUGUAUAGAUUUGAUUAAUUUAUUAUUGUUGUUC